AUGCAUAUAUCCUCAUUCAACAACUUCUCUCAAGUUGACUUGGUCACUCGGGAUUCACAAAAUCGGAUUGUAAAAUCUUGGAGACUUCAUUUCGUACCGUUCACCGGGAGUGAAUGGUUCUACAAGGGUAACUUUCAUUAUCCAGUAUAUUUCAAGAAUUCCUGUGAGAAUUUCGUAUUCCUCGUGGUCCAAUUACAAGAGGUCUUUGAAGUGAAACAUGAAACAUUGCGAUUAGAAAUUGGAGAGGAAUGGAAUGCAGAAAAGAUGAAGCCAUAUGUGGAAUGGAUGAAUGGUUUCAAUUGGGAAUCUGGAAAGAUACCAUCUCUGAAUGUUGUAGCUAAAGACGAACCAAGUCUCAAAUUCCUAUUGGAGAACAUGACACGAGACGUUGGACGCAUGGAAAUACAGACUACGUAUUCUGAACGUUGCCAAGUUUCUUCUGUAAACUUCAAAAUGGAUGUGUUGACUGGAAGUGGCAAAGAUUGGUUGGAUAGGAAAAUGAUGAGAAGCAUGGAUGCAAUCAGAAUGGAUUUUUAUCAAACUGACCUGACCAAUUUGGAUAUGAAUCAGUUUUUGAGAAGUUGGAAGGAAGAAACAUCAAAUGGAAGGAUCCAAGAGAUUAGGUUGCCUCUGAAAGAGAGAGUGAAAUUCACCAAUGACAAUCAGUUGUAUCAAUUGCAUGGUGGCUUCGACAUAACUAGAGCUGAUGGAAGGAUGGCAACAAUUGGACACAACCUAUACAACCUAUCCUUUGAAAAUGCCCCAAUUCAGCAGUAUGAAAUUGAAGAAUGUACAAGGAUCUCAAGAGUAUGGAAUUUGGAGCAAAGUGAUGAGGAAGAUGAGAUUGAAGACGUGGUGGUGCUUGAAGAAGGAGCUCAGCCAAUGCAUAUUGCCCUGCAAAAAGAUCGAAGAAAACAAGGAAGACGUUAUAUUUUUAUGAUUGUUUGGUGA